AAAUCGCGUUACUGUCUUUUCUCUUCACUAUAAAUUACAAAUAAGCGCACCGAUCGUAGUGGCGUUCUGCUGGGUCAGGCAGGGGUGGGGGUACUGCAUCUUUAAAAAAAACUCCCCAGGGAAAUGAACUGCGCACAGUUAAAACAGUGGGAUGGUAGGAGCGCGGCGUGCACUUCGCCGGGCUGCAGCGGGCUUCCCGGGCGCGAUCGUCGGCCGGCUCGGAUCCCAGGCACACGGUACGUCCGGGACCGGACCGAACCGAACCGAGCCGUGUCGCUGCCCACCGCCAUACUGUGCUUUCCGCCCUGUCUCGUUUUUAUAGCGACAUUUUACUCCCGAUCGGACCGUGCCCGGACGACGAUGACGGGGAAGAGCCAGACCAGCAACGUGACCAACAAAAAUGACCCGCGGUCACUUAACUCCAGAGUCUUCAUCGGCAACCUCAACACAGCCAUCGUGAAGAAGACCGACAUCGAGGUGAUCUUUGCGAAAUACGGCAAGAUCGUGGGCUGCUCUGUGCACAAAGGCUUCGCCUUCGUGCAGUACAUGAGCGAGAGGAACGCCAGGGCCGCCGUCCUGGGGGAGAACAGCAGGGUGGUGGCCGGACAGCCUCUCGACAUCAACAUGGCAGGCGAACCCAGGCCCUACAGGCCUAAGCUGGGAUCUAAACGACCCAUCUCUGCUAUCUACAGUGGUUAUGAGUUCGACUACGACUACUACAGAGAUGACUUUUACAGCCGUCUGUUUGAAUACCACGGUCGAGUCACCGCCCCCCCACGACCGGUCAUUCCGAUCAAGCGAUCCCGGGUCGUGGUUCCCUCCACACGCAGGGUGAAGACUGCCUUCCCUCUCAAGAUGGUGUCCUCUUCCUCCUCAUCCUCCAGAGUCCCCGCAGCCACUUCUUCAUCCUCUGGCCCGAAACUGAAGACGGGCCAGCUGCAGACGAUCAAGCGGGAGAUGACGCAGAUCAAGACCAAGAUCGACUCGCUGCUCAGCCGGCUGGAUAAGAUCGAGAAGCAGCAGAGAGUCGAGUGUGAGGCUCAGAGGAAGUACAAGGACAGCUAUGAGUCCCUGCAGGAGGAGUCGGUCUCGGAGACGGCGGACAACUCGGGCGAGGAGGCCGCAGAAGGAGCGGCCGGGGAGGUCACGGACGGCGGCGAGGAUGACUUCGAGGACGAAGGCGGCAGCGAUAUGGUGAUGAGAUAGAGAACCACGCGUCAGACAUCGACAACUGAGGACUCGUUAGCUGAGGGUCAACACUGGCUGUUGGAGAAGGAUAUGACAGGUCUUAUUGCAGAAGGACUCCACAAUGUCUGAGGAACAGGACAAAAACAGAACCACCCGUUUACUGCCCCCCCCACCCCCCCCCCCCCACAUCAACAGCCCCAUACAGGACUGCAAAUCCAACUUCCAGAGAGAACUUGGUGUAAUCAGGUGUCGUGAGCAACUGGUGCUGUGUUCAGUAAUAGUGUUCAUCUAUGUUAGUGUUUCAGUCUGAAGAAGCUUCUGGAAUUUGGCUGCCAACUUUGGUUCUCCGAAUAUUUUGGAAGGAAAUCGGAAUGUGGAGUUUAAUUAUUCAGUUGUUUUGAAAAUUCACAAAACCACCUGAAGUCUAUAUUUUGCUGUUGUUAAUUCCAUUUAAUGGUGAAGUACAUUGUCAUUGUUUGUAUAUGAUUUGCCACCUCAAUAAAAUGGUAUGUAUUAUACAAAUGUGGAAGUAAAAAUAAAUAUAUGCAGUCUGAAAGUCCAACGCUGAUCAGGAGCCGAGGCGAAGCGGGGGACGUGGUGAAUGUGACGGAUGAAUGCUGUCGCUGCGACCAGCACUGCUCGUUCCUGAUUGGAUGCAGUGAAACUGCAACGAAUAAAAAAUGAAGUCGGUGCAUUGACUCAUUAAUUUAAACAUAUUCAAAGGGCCAGGUCUGCAAAAAGGUUACAGAACAAAAUUGAUGCAUGUGUGCCGUCCUGGGCGUGCAUGUGUGAGAGAAAAAGAAGGCAAUGUAGUUAUCAUUAAUCUCUGUUUAUCCACUUACAGAAAAGACAAAAGUAUUAUUGAUGAGAUUUAGGCCGGGAUUUUCGUGAGUUAUGUAUGGCUCUUAACAUCUCAUCGUUCUUUAUAUCUUUAUUAAAUCCUGUGGUUGACCAUAUAACAAACACACACAUCCUCAGAGACAUCGCCACUGCCAGCCUGUGACGAGAUGAUUUCGGAUAAGCCCCGCCCCCCAGUCGUUUACCACCAAUCAUCUGGCCACAUUGCACCCAUUGACACCCUCUAUAACCCUUAUCACUCCAUUGGGGGUAGUUUGUGGUUCAACAGGUUUGGAUUCUGUGUCUGUAAUCAGAAGACUGCCAGUUCAAAUUCCAGGUCCAGCAGAGUGACUUCCCUGCUGCCCCCCUUUACGCCCAGUUGUUCCAGGGACUGACAAACACUGCUUUUUUGGGGAAAAAAAGCAUCGGCUAAAUGCUUCAGUGAAAACUUAACAGUGUUUCUCAAACUAGCCUUUGCUCCCCCCCCCCCCCCCCCGCCUCGCCACAUAGCCAAGAUUUUGGGAGCUGGGAGGGAGAAAAAACAUGGGGCCCCAAGGACCGGGUUGGGAGACCAGUAUGUUUGUCUGCAAGAUGAGACCAAUGCACAUCUUUCACCGUUAACAACAACUUGAUUAAUUUCCUUUGUUUCAUGUCGAUAAUAACUGCCUUGAUAGCCUAGUUUUUUUUUGAAGAGCCCCACAAAUGUAUUUGUGAAGGCUGAGAAUGAUACUCUUGGCUCUUUAUUUUUAUAUAGUGAAACAUUGUACCUUUGGACACAAGUGUGCUGGUGGAUCUACCCCAGAACAUUCCUGUUUGGUAUUAUGCUAUAGAGCAGUAUUUCCCAACCCAGUCUUCAGGAACCCCCAGACAGUCCACGUUUUUGCUCCCUUCCAGCUCCUGGUAGGGAUCACAAAUGUGGACUGUCUGGCAGGGAGCUGGGAGGGAGCAAAAAUGUGGACUGUCUGGAAGGGAGCAAAAAUGUGGACUGUCUGGCAGGGAGCUGGAAGGGAGCAAAAAUGUGGACUGUCUGGAAGGGAGCAAAAAUGUGGACUGUCUGGCAGGGAGCUGGAAGGGAGCAAAAAUGUGGACUGGCUGGGGGGUCCUGAAGACUGGAUUGGGAAACAGUGCUUUAGAGCAACAACUCAUGUUAAAAAAUAAUGUAUAAACAGAGUGAAUAUUUCAAAUAUAUGUAUGUGUCAGCUAUGGUAAUGAUGUAUGUUUUUUUAACAGUAAUACACAUAGUACAAUAUAAGUUUUAAUGUUUAUUUUCAUGUAUUUAUGCAGAUUUUGUUUUGCCAAUGUGUUGCUUAUCGAAAUACUUCAUACAUAAACAUAUUCAGAUACCAUUCAGUAAAUAAUUAAUGACAAAGGGAUUUAAAACCAGUAAUACAUUUCCAGCGUUUUUCCAAAAUACACUUGUACAGAAAUGUAAACAUUUUGUAAAGCUAUUUUUAUGAUAAGCAUGUUGUUAAUUGUUGUUAUAAUGCAUUUUUGUUUACAUUUGUUGUAUGGUUAUUGAUUCAGUUACAUAGGAAAUAGGAUGAAUUAAAUUGUCAUAAUUUAUA